GCCACACGGAGACGACGCGAGUGCGCCGCGACUCGGGCGGGACCGGGCCGGGGGCUUCCGGCCGCCGCUCCCCCUGGCCGGGGCCGGAGGAUCCGCGGCGGUGGGGCCGAGCCCUUGACGCGGCAGAGCGGCCGGACUUGCCCUGCCCUGCCCUGCCCGCACGGCUGCGCUCACCCGCGGGCUCCUGCUGCGGGCCACGGGCGGGCUGUGACCUCCCUUAGGGCUGCAAGAGGCACCGCCAGCAAGCGUAGUGAGGAACUCUCUUCACACGUAAUUCAGUUCUCUUCUAGACAUAACCACCAGGUAGAUUAUAAACAAUGAACAGCAUUGCCAAAAGCGUUUUGCAGUCAGUGAAGCACGGGCGAGCUGCGUGGCUGAGGAACAGCUCUGCUCACUCUGGAAAGCAGCGUUUUCACAGGCUGGUUUUGGGAAUAGAGACGAGCUGUGACGACACCGGUGCUGCUGUGGUGGAUGAAGCUGGCUGUGUUCUGGGAGAAGCACUGCACUGUCAGAAGGAAGUUCAUUUACAAUCAGGAGGAAUAAUUCCCGUGGUUGCACAGCAGCUUCACAGAGAAAACAUCGACCAAGUGGUUCAAGAGGCCCUUUGUGCCAGCGGCGUUUCUGUGGCUGACCUUGCGGCUGUGGCGACCACAGUGAAACCGGGGCUCGCUCUGAGCCUGGGCGUGGGGCUGCAGUACAGCCGGAGCUUGGUCAGCAGGCACCAGAAGCCCUUCAUCCCCAUCCAUCACAUGGAGGCUCACGCACUGACCAUCAGGCUCACACAUCACCUAGAAUUUCCCUUCUUAGUUCUCCUAAUCUCUGGAGGCCACUGUCUCUUGGCAGUAGCACAAGGAGUUUCAGAUUUCCUCCUGCUUGGACAGUCCAUCGACAUUGCACCGGGUGACAUGCUGGAUAAGGUGGCACGAAGAUUGUCUCUAAGAAAGCACCCAGAGUGCCACAGCAUGGCUGGGGGAAAGGCCAUAGAGCACUUGGCUCAGACUGGGAACCAGGAACUGCUCACCUUCCGACUGCCCAUGCAGCAGUAUCGGAACUGCGACUUCUCUUUUUCUGGACUUCAAAACCUCGUCAAUAAUGCCAUUGAACAGAAAGAAAAAGAAGAAGGUAUUCAGGAAGGUGAGAUCUUGUCCUGUGUUAAGGAUGUUGCUGCUGCUGUACAGCACACAGUGGCUUUUCAUAUCAUCCAAAGGACGUAUCGAGCCAUGCUCUUCUGCAUCAAAAACAGCAUAUUACCAUCAAAAAAUGCCACUUUGGUUGUAUCAGGAGGAGUUGCAAGUAAUCAGUAUAUCCGAAAAGUUCUACAGAAUCUGGCAGAUGCAAAUGAUUUUGCUUUACUGUGUCCUCCUCCAAGACUCUGCACUGAUAAUGGUGUUAUGAUUGCAUGGAAUGGCAUUGAAAGGUUACGUGCAGGGCUGGGGGUCCUACACAGUACUGCUGGCAUCCGCUACGAGCCAAGAGCUCCCCUGGGAAUUGAUAUUUCAAAAAGAGUUGAAGAAGAUUCCAUCAAGGUGCCAAAAUUAAAAGAGAUACGAUGGUUGGCAUCUUAAAAAGUAACUUAAUAAAAUAAAUGCAACUAUAUAUAGUUCAAUGAAAA